AUGGAAAAGCGGUCAGACGGAGCACCGUUGCUCGACUGGCAGGAGGACAAUAGCAUCUCAAGUCCAGUGCGAGAUGAACAGAGGCAAGCUAGUAACGCCCAAACAUUACCCAGACCAGGAGAGGCUGAUGUGGCGAAAGAACACGAACAGGUUAACUGGGAGACUAAGGACCAAAUUGUAGCCGUGUUCGUGGUGACAUUCGAUACAAGGUCAGGAAACAUGGUGGAGUGGUGUGUGCCUCAUGAUAUUGACUUGGAUGGGGUGGAGUUCAAGUCCAUGGCAAGUGGUUCACACAGAGUCUCCAGUGAUUUCAUAUAUAUGCGAAAAGGUCCAUAUUUUGGCCUAGCAUGCUUCGCUAAUAUCCCAGUGGAGAGUGAGGUGGAAAGAGGGGUACGUAUGAAAUCAGUGGGUAUCCUGACCCCCUCAUACACCAUGCUGUACCAUCAUAUGCCCUUCUUGGAGAACCAGGUCAGAACCUUACUGCAGAAUCCUGGUCAGUACUCUGUGCUAGAGGCUUUUUAUGAAGACAGGAGAGCUGUGCUACCCGCCCAGAAGACUAGUCACAUCUCGUCCUGCCCAGCUAGUGUCUAUAAGUUCAUGCCCAGCAUCAACCUCUAUUCAGAGAGAAAGAUCACCCAUCCCGCCGGUUGUGUGUCUCAGUUCAUGCAGUUCUUUGGGGAACAGAUUAUGGUUCUGUGGAAGUUUGCCCUGCUGCGAAGACGUGUUCUCUUCUUCUCUCCUCCGCCUGCUGGACCAGCCUGCUACAGAGUGUACUGCUGCUGUAUCUUAGCCAGCGUGUCCACUCCAGGAGCAGGAACCGGAGUGCCUCAGUUCCGUCCUUAUUUUUACGUCAGCGUGGCAGACAUUGGAACUCUGGACACUGAGCUCUCCUUUGUGGCAUGCACUACUGAGAAGAUUUUUGAAGAGAAGAAAUUUCUUUAUGAUCUUUAUGUGGACAGACAGAAUGUGAUGACGCACAGAGAGAGUUUAAAACCCCUGCUUCGGCUCAGCAGCGCAGACAAGGAAAGGUACAGGAGACUCGUGGAGCAGAGGGAAAUGCUGGCAUGCACUCAGGAGUCUGUGUCUAGUGAUGAGGAACAUUUCAUCCUGUUUUUCACUGAGCAAAAUAAUCGCAUUUUUCAGACUCUGUUUGAAGUGGUGGGAAAUUCCGACCGUACACUCACAGAGAAGCACAUUCAGGACAUGGGUUUAGACCCAGAAGGUGACCAUAGCUUUCUAGUGAACAUAUUGGAGACCUAUGGCAUUGAUGUCACACUAAUUGACACCUCUUGCUGCUGA